GUGCUCUUACCACAGUCCCGCUGCAGGAUCGUGAUGUUUUGGAGGAUGAGCUGGCUCACACUGGCUGCAAGGAGCAACUUUUCGAGCUGGAAAACUGUCCUGAGGGCACUGUGCCCAUGGGUCCUGCGAUCCUGAUAUACUAUGCGCCGGCGCUCAUGCAGAAGGCUGGGAAGUCGGAUCCCAGCUCCGCGAUGAGGAUACUGGCAGAGAUCUUCCGGCAAGCGCGGCAACUCUGGCC